GUCCAGCGGAAGCGGCUCGGCGCACCAGAAGCAGUUGUGCCGUUCCCGACCCGCCAUGGCGGAGGGGUCGGAGGGGGGGCCGCGCCUGGCGGAGCUGCUGGCGGCGGGGCGGCGGCUCUGGGAGGAGCUGGAGGCGGGCACGGAGCCCUCCUCGGCGGCCCCAGCUGUGCAGGAGAAGGUGCGGCAGGGGCUGGACGCGCUGCAGCGGGCGGCCGCCAUGGUGGCGCAGCUGGAGCUGUUCAGUGAGAAUGAGGAGCUGGAGGAGAUCACCUCAGCCGACCUGAAGUACCUGCUGCUGCCCGCCUUGCUGGGGUCCCUGACGCUCAAGCAGGUCGACCUGAGCAGGCGGCUGGAACACCUGGAGAGUGCACGAGCUCACUUCGGGCGCUUCCUCAGGCUCUGCAGGAGCUACGGGCUGGGCAGUUUCCAGCUGCCCCCCGCCAGCCCCCCGGGAGAGGAGGCGGCUGGGGGUCCGGCCCCAGGGGGCCCCAUGACUGCCCAGUCCAGCCUGCUGGCCAUGGCCUCCAACAGGCAAGCCAAAAUCGAAAGAUACAAGCAGAAGAAGGAACUGGAGAACAGGUUGGCCUCCAUGAGAACCUUUGUGGAGAGUGGGCAAGCAGAUGAGGAACAGACGCGGGAAUUUUACAUACUACAGAUCCAGAAAUGGAUCAACACCAGCCUCGAGGAGAUUGAGAGCAUUGACCAAGAGAUUGUCAUCCUGAGGAGCAGAGGCACAGCAAAACUGCCUUCAGCGCCACCACACAGUACGGCUCGGCAAGUCAGGGCUCCGAUGAAACCUUUCAUUCUCACCCGGGACGCUGCUCAGGCUAAAGUGUUCGGUGGCGGGUAUCCUGGCUUGCCUACGAUGACCGUGGAUGACUGGUAUGACCAGCGCAGAAGGCAAGGAGUCAUGUCUGCUCAGAGCAUGCCUCAGAGAACGCCAGGUACAACCGAUGAAGAGUUGCAGGCGCAGCAGCAGGAGGAAAAAGAUGAGAACGACGAUGAGGAAGCCCUUCAAAGAGCUCGGAACUGGGAUGACUGGAAAGAUACGCACCCAAGGGGCUAUGGCAACCGGCAGAAUAUGGGGUGAUGCUCUUGCAACAAAGGGAGCGAGGCCUGGAAAUCCUGUAAGAAUUGCCUUGUCCUGGGGAUCUAGGAGUAAAUACGCUGUACAUAUGCGGAGGUAUCCGUGUCUUCUCUGGGAGGGACCAGAAUCCGAGGAAGAGAUGUGACAGUUUUGCUUUGGUUUACAUUAAAUGUUGGACUGAGUGCACUGGUCACGUACAGUGAGAGCUCGGAGCUCCUUCCAGGUGGAGCUACUUCUGAGGGGUCAGGCUGCCUCUGCUCUCCCCGCCAGAGGAAAUGCCGGGGAGUACAUGCAUUUGGGAACUGCUCUUUGUAUUGUGGGUGGAUGUAUUUAUUUUUUUCCCCUAUAUUUUAAGUAAAAUAAAAUCUCUCGUGCUGCCGA